AUGUCUAAUAGUACUUGGAACCUAAUAGCACCAACUCUGGGACACUCUGACUUAAAACUAUUUUCGUUCGUGGCUCUUGAAUGGCAUAAUGCUCCAACAUUGGAAAGCUGCUUUUCACAAUGGAAGAAAUCCGUCAAAGAGGACAUAAUCUCCCCCCUAUCGGACCUACAUGUUUUAUGUUUUAAUGUGCGUGGGUUGGACUACAGAUGGGGUGAAGUAGUCUUAUUAAGUACUCAACACGCUUCAGAUAUAUUAGUACUGACGGAAGUUGGACGUAUUGAUCAUUCUUUGGUGGCUGCAGCUUUUCCGAAGUAUCAAAGUUUUUACCAGGGUGGUGAGAAUAGAAACGGUGGUGUAUUGAUACUAGUUCGUCAGGGAUUGUCGACAAUCAGACAUCAAUGUAAUGUAUCUAAUGUUUGUGUAGUUGAUAUCCUGCUGGAAGAAUCAUUACGUAUUAUUGGUGUAUAUGCUCCUGAAAGUAAAUCAUGGAACUGGCAUGAUAUAAGCCCCUUUGUAAAUCACAAUUGUGUUUUGAUGGGAGAUUUUAACAUUGAUCUACAAGAGGACAAGCUCAAACGGGAGGUUUUAUUAUCUUGGACUGACUCCCAUGCCUUGUCUCCAAUCAUUCCCGAUGGCCCAACAUCACUCAGAUCACAUAGAACAAUCGAUUAUGCGUUUACAUCUGGUGUGCAUCUCUCUCUGCAAACGUAUAAGGGAGACACUACUAGUGAUCAUUUACCUCUAAUUGGAAUAUUAGCGUGCGAUGGUAAAGAACAAGCUCUAGGUAAAAGAAUCAACUGGACGGUAUUCUCGGCCUUCAUGUCUUACACAUUUUCGUUCUGGGAAAAGGAAUGGUUACGGAGGUCUUAUAACACAACUUAUAAUAAUUAUAUCGAAUUUUUGGCACUUUUAUCAGCACGGUGUACUCAAUAUUUCUCUUUGAAAUUGGCAAGAGCAGCAGUACCGUAUUGGUUGAGAGAUUUGUUAGCCAAGAGCCGUACAUUAUCUCUUAAAGCAAAACGAACUGGCGAUAUGCUAUUACGAAGAGAGGCGUAUAUGAUGCGUAAGGAAGCACGGUUUCAUCUUCGAAUGUUACGAAGAGAGCAAUUAUGUAAAAUGGUGGCAGAAAGAUACAAAGGUGGUACUGAAUCUUCUCCUUUUUGGAUUAAGUCCAAACGUCAUUUUCGUGAUAAAUCCGCCUCUCUACGAGCUUUUAUCUCUAUGCCUGGCGAAAUCAUUAAAGAUACAACGGUUAUGGCGGAAUCUGCGGCCAAUUACUACGAAGAAUUAUUCACAGAACCGGAAGUGUACCGGCCACAUCCGUAUAUUGAUUCACAGCCCAUCCUCUGGGACAACAAUAACGAUACUAUCCCUUUGGUAUCUUAUCCGGAAUUAGUAAGAGUACUAAAAGCAAAAAAGAAAAAGUCAUCGUGUGAUGCUCAUGGGCUUUCGCCCAUGCUACUCGAUCAUGUACCAAAAAACUAUUGGCAUCUCAUGAUCCCCUUAUUCAAUCUGUCCUUACAAACGAGCUUUAUGCCCGAAAAAUGGAAAGAUGUUAGAAUGGUCAUUCUUGCAAAAAAAGAACCUAUUUGUACACCGGAUGCUACACGUCCCAUCUCGCUAUUGGAUUGUCACCUUAAAGUCAUCGAAAAGCUAUUUCUAAGUCGCUUUCUUAAAGUGCUUAAUGAUCGUGGCCUACUACCAGACAAUCAAUCUGGCUUUAGAGCUAACCAUCGUCUUCAAAGUCGUGUUUUGCUACUGAUUGAUCAGAUCUCUUCUUUAAUGGCUAAUAGCUCACCAGUUUGUACGGUAUUCGUUGAUUUCCGUAGUGCUUUUGAUCAGCUUUGGUUCGACGGUUGCGUAGGCAAGCUUUCACGUUUAGGCAUUCCAGCGGCCUAUGUUGCCUGGAUUAAAGAGUGGUUAUCAAAUAGACGUGGCUAUAUAGAUAUCCAAGGAACUUGUUCCCGAUGGUUUCCUAUCAAAAGGGGUGGGCCACAAGGCUCCAGUCUGACUCCGAGUGUGUUUAUUACAUAUCACUCCGAUAUGAGUGAUGCUUUUCCAAUGGCAAUGUCAUUCUUAUUUGCUGACGAUGUGGCUGCUACAAUGGCAGGUCAGAUGGGAAUAAAAUACACCGACCAGUGUAUCGACUUAGAAAAAAGACUGGCUUCGUUUUUCGAUAAUCUGGAAUAUUACUCGGUCUUGUCGGUACAGCCGAUCAAUUAUAAAAAGACACAUGCUAUGUGGACAGCUCGUGCUGUCAGUUAUCCGAAUCCAAUGCCUAUACUUAAAUGUGGUGAGCACAUUAUCAGCUGGACAAACCAAUUCAAAUAUUUAGGAUAUUGGAUCUCUACUAAGCUAGGCUGGUCACCACUUAUAAAUUAUACGUUGUUAAACGUACGUCAAAGAACGGCUUUAGUGAAUAUGUGUAAAUACUCAGGAGUUUCUAGUAACGAGGUUCGUCGAAUCUUAUUUUCUACAUUUGUAUACCCUUUAUUUGCUUGGUUAUUUGCAAUAAUUCCUUUGUUUACUUUUAGGCAACAAAUAGACCUUUCGCAUGUGUAUUUUACUUGUCUGAAAAGAGUAUACCGUUGUCUUCAGUGGGAAGAUUUUAUUUUUAGUAUAUUAUACGAUGAAUGUUCAUUGGAUGUCAGAUGCUUUAAGUACUGGGAAAAAUACCUCUCAGCACUAGGUAAGUCGGAAGAUGGACAAUUAUUACUGGAACAAAUUGAACUAUGCGCUCACCGGCAAAGCUGGCUGAGCGGUCAUAGUAAAAUAAUGUCACUCCGAAAAAAUAAGAGACUCAUUGAUCGUAACAGUGUAUGGGCCAUAUGUCUGGACUGGUGCUCUAGACACAAUAUGAUCUCAUCUAUUCCGGCUAUUGAUCACAAUGACAUACAUAAUUUUAUUCAUUUCCCAGAAACGUUCUAA